UCUUGCAAGCAAAGAGUGUUUAUUGUGGAUUUUCAGUACAUAGAAAACUACAGCCAAGCUGACCAGAAAGACUGGAAUUUCAUCCAUCUCCCUCCCCUCCCCCGCUCUGCUUUCUCUCUGUCGCCCACUCAUUGGAUUUCUUUCUCCGCCAGCCUUUUAAAACAGAAAUUACUGGGUCAGUGACAUACAUUUUUCCUCUUUUUCUAGUAUGAUCUCAUGUUCAGCCUCCAGCAGAAACGCCGCUACCUGAUUAGCAAACCUUGAAAGGACUCUGAGAACACAUUCAUCAUCAUUUUGUCAGGGUUGACCAAUGAAUUUUAUAAAAACCUAAGGAUAUUUUGGAAAUAUCUGUCAAUAACUGUCCAAAUUUCAGUCAAGGAGAGCCUAUUAAUAGAAAACAUGUCACACAUUUUUACCUGUGACUAAUAAUGCCUUCAUUUUGUGGAGAAAGUCUGCUGGUGGAGGAAGAAGACUCCUUUUGUUAAGAAAUUUUUUCACCGGUGAAAAAGGCUGGCACCCCCUUAUAAUAUGAAGCCCUUUGAGAAAAGCUGCUUGUUUCUACUGCUGCCUGUGGUGUUAGGAGUUGUGUGCUCCUCCUUUAUUAGUGUGAACCUUGGGGUGAAAGUGAUGAAGGGACAGUCUGUCUUCCUGUCAGAAGAAGACCUCAAGUUUUCCAUCCCCAGAGAGAAGGACGUCUGCAAAGUAGAAGUUGUGAUUAAUGAGCCAAUAACACAGAGAGUUGGAAAACUUACUCCGCAGGUUUUUGACUGUCGCUUCCUUCCUAAUGAAGUCAAAUAUACCCACAAUGGAUGUCCGAUUUUAGAUGAAGACAUGGUCAUGCUUCGGCUGUACAGGUUUACAGAAACAGAAACGUUUGUAGAAACAUUCACCCUUCAUGUGCAGUUACUUGAGCCAGACUGUAACAUCAUAAAAAUGCGCUCCCAUGCUUUGGAGGUCCCUGAAUACUAUGGUCUAUCUAGGGUGAUUGACAAGAACGUCCUCACCUUUGAUUAUGACAGGAAGAUAAACCUGGAGUGCACCGUUUCCAUAAUCUCUUUAGAAACUCACCUGCCUGCUCAUGGCCAGCUUGUCACCAGCAAAGUGCAGCAAGAGCAAUUUCGUGGAGAUCAGCCAUGGAGCUUCUACCCCGGCACGAAGCACAGCCUGGGCCAAAAGUGCAGAAAUGGGAGCUGUACACUGGGAUUAGAAGUUAUUAACAACAAAAAGAUGAGCUGUGAAGAGUUUCUGAGGAUGGGCAUUCAGUAUCAACACCUUGAUCCCCCCUCACCUGACACUGACUAUAUUCCUGUGAGGUUGGAUCUGUCAGACAGCAGAAGCAAAACUCUGCACAAGACAGAGCAUGCAUGGCUCCCUGUUCGGAUUAGAGGUGCUGCUCCCAACCAAAUACCCAAAGGUGCCCCAGUGGCAAAGUUCGUCCUGGAAGUAGAUCAAUUUAUUUUAACCCCUAUUACAACCACAACCAUUGAUGCUGAAGACAAUGAAACUCCAAAGUCCCUGCUUAUAUUCAACAUUACCAAGCCACCUCCAGAGGGCUUUAUUACUCACCUCUCUGACCACACAAAAACUGUUGGCUCCUUCACGUGGAAGGAUCUCAGUGACAUGCUCAUUGCUUAUCAGCCUCCAAAUAACAGCCACACAGAGAGGAGGAAUUAUGAGGUGGAGUUUGAGGUGCAUGACUUCUACUUUGAAAGAAGUUUGCCCAUCACUGUGAUUCUUUCCAUCAGAACAACAGAUACAAAUGCCCCUCGGGUUUCAUGGAACACAGGCCUCAACCUCCUAGAAGGGCAAUCCCGACCCAUCACAUGGCAGCAUUUCCAAAUUGUAGACAAUGAUGACAUCCAAAAUGUUCACUUAGUCACAGUUGAUGGAUUACAGCAUGGGCGGCUCUCAGUGAGAGGAGGGAAAGGAUUCAUGUUCACCAUCUCUGACAUUCAGGAUGGAGUUGUUCGCUACCAUCAUGAUGACAGCGAUUCUACUAAGGACUUUGUGGUAUUUAGAAUUUUUGAUAGAUCCCACAGUAUUCGCCAUACAUUUCCAAUAAAUAUCCUCCCUAAAGACGAUAGCCCUCCAUUUCUGAUCAGCAAUGUGGUCAUUGAAGUUCAUGAGGGACAGAUGAUCCUGAUUCAGGGCUCCAUGCUUCAUGCUUCGGACAUGGAUUCCAGUGAUGACUACAUACUAUUCAACAUCACCAAGCCUUCACAGGCUGGAGAAAUCAUGAAGAAACCAGGACCAAACCUGAUAGGGUAUUCUGUCAACAGUUUUCUUCAGAGGGAUCUAUUUAAUGGGAUGAUUUAUUAUCAUCAUUUGGGAGGAGAAGUAUUUGAAGAUUCCCUUGAGUUUGUGCUGUGUGAUAGUCAUGACCCUCCAAAUCUCUCAGAGCCGCAGGUGAUGAUGGUUCACAUUAUCCCUGUGGAUGAUCAGCUACCCAGAGAAGCUCCAGGAGUGACCCGUCACCUGGUUGUUAAGGAGACUGAGAUUUCUCACCUAACUAAGAAACAUCUCCACUUCAUAGAUGUGGAAGAGCAAGACAGGGAGCUCACAUACACCAUAACCACUUUCCCAUUUUUCUCUUGCACCCAUGGCUCCUCAGAUGCUGGGAAGCUGUUUAUGGUGGACACCAUCCCCAAACUGGUCAAAGAUCCUGCUGCUCUUCCACUGCGGUCAUUCACUCAGCAUGCUGUGAACUAUAUGAAAGUUGCCUACAUGCCACCCCUGCAGGACAUUGGACCUGAACCCCAGCAAGUCCAGUUUAUUUUUUCUGUCAGCAAUCAGCAUGGAGGCACUUUGUAUGGGAUCUGCUUCAAUAUUACAAUUCUUCCUGUGGACAACCAAGCCCCACAGGUUUUUACAAACCAUUUGAGAGUGGAAGAGGGUGGCAUGACCACUAUUACAGAGGGACAUAUUCUCAUCUCUGAUGCAGACACGAAACAAGAGCAUCUCUUCCUGCUCCUGCAGAGGCAGCCGCAGCAUGGGGUAGUGGAGCUGGAUGGCAUUCCCAUGAAUGGGGGUGACAGGCUUUCCUGUGAGGACCUGAGUACCCUGGCAGUCAGAUAUCGUCAUGAUGGCUCUGAGACUCUCACUGAUGAUGUUUUCUUUGCAGCCACAGAUGGCAUCCAUUUUGUAGAGUUCAUCUUGCAGGUCAAGGUGUUGCCCGUGAAUGAUGAGCUACCUGUUAUGCAAACAGGCCUUGUUCCCGUGCUCCACUGCUUGGAGGGUGAAGAAGCAGUCCUCUCCUCGGAGUACAUUCAUGCCACAGAUGCGGACAGCGAUGACAUGGAGCUGAUGUUCCUGCUGGCUCGCCAGCCUGGCCACGGGGCAGUGAGGAAAGCUGGCAUCACCGUGGAUCGCUUCUCCCAAGCUGAUGUCGUUGCUGGCUUAGUCACAUACAAGCACACCAGUGGUGAGAUUGGCCUGACUCCUUCCAUUGAGAUCUUAACCUUGAUUGUCUCUGACAGCGAGGCUGGCCUAGAUGUGAAAGACUGCUGUUAUGAUGGACCUCCUUCUCCUCCAGUUUCACGUGAUGAUCCAUUUCCUGUCUAUGACCUUAACAUCACUGUGCUUCCGGUGGACAACCAGCCUCCAUCAAUUGUAACCGGUGCAAGCUUUGUGGUGGAGGAGGGCUCUUCAGCAGCCCUUACUACCAGUCAUCUGUUUGCCACUGACCCUGACACCACUGCAGAUGACUUAGAGUUUGUGUUGGUUUCUCCUCCCCAGUUUGGUUACAUUGAAAAUAUACUGCCUUCUCCUGGGUUUGAGAAGAGCAACAUGGGAAUAACCAUAGGUUCAUUUCAGCUGAAGCACCUGAAAGCCAUGAAUAUAAACUAUGUGCAAGCCAGGCACUUGCGAAUGGAGCCAACAGAAGACAAGUUUGUACUUUAUGUCACUGAUGGGUUGCAUCGCUCAGCAGAGACUCCAUUUUUUGUGCUAAUCACCCCAACCAAUGAUGAAGUUCCAGAAUUCACAGCCAGGAAUAUCACCGUUCAAGAAGGGGAGAUGAAGGAGCUGGAUCUGUCUGUUAUCAGUGCAGUUGAUCUGGAUGUGCCUCAAGACCCUCUGGUAUUUGUGGUUGUGCAGAGGCCCUCAUAUGGUUUCCUUAUCAAUGGUCUUCAUGGCAGUGAUGUUCUACAUGAUAAAGAAUUAAUUAACCAUGAUCACCACAGCCAUGGAUUGCUUGUUCAUGACUUUUCCAUGGAGCUACUGAGGAGUGGAAUGAAGCUGAUGUAUAUGCACGACAACUCUGAAAACCUCACUGACAGCUUUAAAAUUCAACUAUCAGAUGGAAAACAUAAAGUCCUCAGAACAGUUUCAGUAAAGGUCAUUCCAGUUAAUGAUGAGAAACCAGUGCUGAGCAAGAAGAAUGAUAUAGAGGUGAACAUAGGUGAAACUCAAAUCAUUUCUAGUGCUGUUCUGUCAGCAGAAGAUAAAGAUACCCCCAGGGAGAAAAUUUACUACUUAUUUGAAAGACUUCCAGAAAAUGGUCAGCUUCAGCUCAAGGUAGGACAAGGGUGGGUGACUCUCCAAACUGGAAUGAAGUGCACUCAGGAAGAGCUGGAUAUGAACCUUGUGAGAUAUGCCCACACAGGAACUGUGGGGUCCAAGAAAAAAGAUAGCUUUACAUUUUACCUCUGGGAUGGGUACAACAGAUCCCCAGCUGUGAACUUCUAUAUAAACAUCAAGGACUUGGAAAAGGGAGACAUUGAUAUUUCUAUGAAACUUCUCAGAGUGCCGAAAGGAGAUCGCAGCUACAUUACAAAUGAUGUCCUCCUUGCACUGGAUGGUACUGACAAGCCAGAGCAGCUGCUUUAUGUGAUUACCUCCCCACCCCAGUAUGGACAAAUAGAGUAUGUCAGCUAUCCUGGCAUCCCCAUUACCAGCUUCAGUCAAAUGGAUGUAGCACGGCAGAUUGUCUGCUACGUUCACAAAGCCAAGGCGUUUGUUCGUGAAGAUACAUUCAGAUUCAUCGUCAGCAAUGGACUGAGGACUAAGCAUGGGACAUUCGAGAUCGUCCUGGAGGCAGCUGACCAGGCUUUGCCCACUCUGUCUAGGAACAUCGGGUUAAGAAUAACGGAAGGAGCUAUGGCACUUCUCACUCCUGAUGUACUGCAGCUUUCAGACCCAGACACUGCGAAAGAAAACCUUACUUUCCUCUUGGCUCAGCUCCCCCAGUAUGGUCAUCUCUAUUAUCAUGGGGCUGUUCUACUGCAGGACAAUUUCACACAGCAAGAUGUGGACAACAGGGAUGUUGCAUACAAGCACCGAGGUGGGAAUUCCCAGACUGACAGAUUUACAUUUGUUGCCACGGAUAGGACUAACCACGGCUUCAUCGUGAAUGGGAGGGUGCAGAGCAAGCCAGUGGCAUUCACCAUCCAGGUGGACCCUUUGGACAAAAUGGCACCAAAAAUUAUUCAUCUUCAUUGCUUUUCUGAUGUGGAACUCCUGAAGAAUGGCAAUUAUGGGAUCUAUAUUACUGCCAGGUCCCUGAGGGCAUCUGACCCCAAUACAGAAGAUGACAAAAUAAUUUUUAAGAUUUUGCGAGGUCCUCAUUAUGGCUACCUGGAAAACAUAACAACAGGUGGACUCAUUCAGGAAGGAUUUAGUCAAAAGGAUUUAAACACCAAAAUCAUACUUUAUGUCAUCAACCAAUCACAAGAAGUGAAUUCAGACAGCUUGAAGUUCCAAGUGACAGAUGCCAGUGGAAACUCUGCGGCACCCCAAAGGCUGGAGCUAAGCUGGUCUCGAAUUGAAAUGUUACAGACUGAAUAUGAGGUGUGUGAAAACACAGGAGUGGUGUCUCUGAAAAUCACCAGGGCAGGACACUCAGGGGAGUCUGCCUUUGUAACUGUGAAGGUCAAUGAAAUAUCUGCUAGGCUGGGAAAGGACUUCACAGUGACUCCCUCCAAGCUUGUUCAGUUUGAUCCAGGAGUGUCAACAAAGAUGUGGAAUAUAGCAAUUACCUAUGAUGGAUUAGAGGAAGAUGAUGAAGUCUUUGAAGUAGUUCUGAACUCCCCUGUGAAUGCUGUUCUUGGCACACGGACAAAAACUGUAGUGAAAAUUUUGGACUCAAAAGGAGGUCAAUGCAGCUCCAGUUCUACUGGCCAAAGCAAACAUGACUUCUGGGGGAGAGGCACGCUGUUUCCAGUUUCCUUGGGCUCCUCAUUGCCUUCCAGGCCUGGCAAUGUCUCCUUGGAAGGGAUCCCACUGCCUCCUUCCAAAAGGAUGAGAGAGCAUGGAGGGGACCUGCGGCAGGAGCACAGCUUGGCGAAUCGGUCCAGGACCAGGCUGAGAGUAACUGGAAAUGGCAGAACAGUUCACCCGUCAUCUGUAUUUAGAAAUGAAACAGAUGUGAUUUUCAAAUAUCACGGGAUCAUAUCACUCAAAAUAGAGGAUGACACCUCUUCAGCUGAAACCAACAAGAAGAUACAACCACAGAUAAAUGUCAUGUCCUCCAGGAAAACAGAAAUCCCACAGGCUGAUAAGGCAGAACUUGCAGCUGAACGAAGAUCAAGACAUAAGGACUUCUACUCUUUUCAAAAGGCUUGUACACCAGAUUUAAAGGGUCUAUUGCAUUAUGAAGAAAGCACACAGAAAUUAUUUCAGUGUGAUGGGAUAACAUGGAAAUUCUGGAAUUCCCAAAGCAAGGAGGUAACUAUGAAGAAAUGUCCCUCUGGAUGGACUUACCAUGAGGGCAGCUGCUACUUCCUGGUAGUGAAUCACAAGGUCACCUGGAACACUGCUGCUCAUGCUUGCAGAGAACAGUACCUGGGGAGUUUAACAAGUGUGGCUAAUGAACAACACAUGCAGUGGUUGUGGGACUUCAGUGGGAGGAUGCCCUUUUGGAUAGGUUUGAAUGACCAAGUCAAUCCUGGACAUUGGGAAUGGAAUGGAGGAGAACCUGUAACCUACAUAAACUGGAGAAGAGGCUCCUACCGUUUUCCAGUGAGAGGAAGAAAUUGUGUAUUUGUGCAGAAGCGAGGAAAAUGGCAAGCAACUGACUGCAAGAAGGUCAAACCAGACAGCUAUAUAUGUUCAAGAAAGUUGUAGUUGAUGGAGGAUGCUUCUGAAAGCAUAUGGACAUUCAUGCUUUUUCAGUAUUUUAGCUGUGUUAGAAAACCAUCCUAAUUACCAGCAAGGCUUAUUUUAUAUGCUGCCAGAGGUGCAGAUGCACUGGCCUCUAAUCAAGGUAUAGAGAUCAGCUGCAAAAAUUAAACACAAGUUAAAGUUUUGAAAUCUCCCCAAAAACAUUGAUCUGUUACUUACUCAUAUGUACAGUAAAUUCACGAAUACAAGCCGCACUGAGUAUAAGCCGCAUCUCUGGG